CAACACGAAUGGCGUCCACAUGUGUAUCUGAGCUGUGAAUCAAAACAUUGAUCGAAAGGUUGAAUUUAAUCAGAAUUAAAUUGAUUGAAUAAGAAUCAAACGAGAUGAAAGACACUCCGCUGUCCAACUGUGAGCGGGACUUUAUUCUGAAAGCCAUCGAGGAGAAAAAGCGUCUGGAUGGACGGCAGACUUACGACUUCCGAAGGAUAAAAAUCACAUUUGGAACCGACUAUGGAUGCUGUUUCGUGGAUCUGGGGAAAACCAGGGUCAUGGCUCAGGUCUCCUGUGAGCUGGUGGCUCCGAAAGAGAGUCGACCCAACGAGGGGAUCAUGUUCUUCAACAUCGAGCUGUCACCCAUGGCGUCUCCGGCAUUCGAGCAGGGACGACAGUCGGAGCUGUCGGUGAAGCUGAACCGACAGCUGGAGAGAUGUCUGAGGAACUCCAAGUGCAUCGACACCGAGUCUCUGUGUGUGGUGGCUGGAGAGAAGGUGUGGCAGAUCCGGGUGGACGUCAGCAUGCUGAACAACGACGGGAACCUGAUGGACGCCGCCAGCGUGGCCGCCAUCACGGCGCUGUGUCACUUCAGACGCCCCGACGUCGGCAUCCAGGGCGACGAAGUCACCGUGUACAGUCCAGAGGAGCGAGACCCGAUUCCUCUCAGCAUCUAUCACAUGCCCAUCAGCAUCAGCUUCUCCUUCUUCCAGCAGGGGACGUUCCUGCUGGUGGAUCCGUGUGAGAGGGAGGAGCGAGUGAUGGACGGCCUGCUGAUGAUCGCCAUGAACAAACACAGAGAGAUCUGCUCCAUCCAGUCCAGCGGAGGCAUCAUGCUGCUGAAGGAGCAGGUGAUGAGAUGCAGCAAAAUCGCAGCGGUCAAAGUGUCUGAGAUCACAGAGCUCAUCAGCAAGGCGCUGCUGAACGACAGAACGGCCCGGAAAGCGGGCGGUCGGUGCGGUUUUGCCGAAUCGAUGCCUCAGGAGCGGAUCACCGCUCUGAAGACAGACGAGACGCUCAUGGAGACGUCGGACGUGACGGAACGAGCCAACGACAUCGUGGAGAAGGCCGGGGCUCCGCCUCAGACGGUCCCGUCCCCGCUGGUCCCCGCCCCCGGGGUCGGACAGGUCAGCCAGGGGCAGCAGAACACCUGGGGGCUCCAGGAGGAAGACGAGGACGACGACGAUGAUGAUGAUGAGCAGAAUGGAAAAGAAACAAAGAUGGAGACGGAGCCACAAGAGGAGGAGAAAGGAGCAGGAGAUGUGGUUGAAAUCUCCGACAGCGAGGAGGAGGAAGUGGUCAUUCUGACUUCAGAGACAUCAGGCCAAGCAAAAAACGCGGACUCCAGUUCUCACCAGAAGAGGGCAGCAGCGUCGAAGAGAAGGCCCAAGAAAUAAGGAGAGCAUGAUCUGCUGCAGCAUCUCUUCACAUUGAACUGUUUCCUGGCUUUUUGUGAUGCUUCGCCUCCUUGUGGAAGCAGCCGAGAGACAAAAAAGGACUUGUCAUACAUGUUUUUGUUUUGUUUCUACUCAUUAAAGUAUGUCUUGAAUUUUUUCA